AUGUGGGGACCACAGCCAAUGAUGGCAGCGCACUACGGUGGUGUACCACCAGGGCCCUACGGCUAUGCAGCUAUGUAUGCUGCACCUCACCCUGGCAUGGCCCAAGGCGCUGCAGGGGCAGUGGCCCCAUCCCCUUACGGUUACCCACCUCCUCAAUCGGCGGACGGCUCUGAGGUGCCAGCAGCAGCAGCAGCGAUGAUGGGAAUGACCCCGAUGGGCCCCAUGGCCAUGCCAGCAGCACAGGGCUACCCCGGCAUGCCCAUGGACUACUCCCAUGAUGCCAUGGCUGCUGCUGCCGCUGCCGCCGCCGCCGCCAGUGCUGCCGGCGGGGCUGCUGCUGCUGGGUCGGCCCCACCAGCAGCUGCCGCGGCGCCUGCUGCGCCUGCUGCCCAAGCUGCCCCUUCGAAGCGCAAAAGGUCGUCUCAGCAGUCACAUGGUCAAGAUGGCGCUCUUGCUACCACUGGAGGGACGAGCCUCGCCCAUCCGCACACCCAGGCGGCACCAGGCUCGGGCCAAGCCUUGGCCCUGGCCUCAGGCUCGGCGGGAGAGUACACGUCCAUGCCUUCAAGCCCAUCCGAAGGCCCCUCUGCUUCGGCAGCAGCUGCGGCUGCUGCUGCUGCGGGUGCUGGUGGGGGCGGUCAUGCUGCUGCUGGGGGAGCAAGAGGGGGCGUGGGUGGCGGAAUGGCGUAUAACCCCAUGGGUGCGUCUGCUGCGGAUAUGUGGACUGGCGCUGCUGCUCCUGCUGCUGUGGUGCCGCCUCCCUCCCUGGGGCAGGGCGUUGGGGGGAAGCUGGGGGCACGAGCGGUAGGGGCGCGGGCAGGAGGGGAUGGGGGCGACGUGGGAGGGAGUCUGAUGUACCAGGUGCCGUUUCGCGGGGACGAGAGGGAGGUGAAGAGGCAGAGGCGGAAGCAGAGCAACAGGGAGAGCGCGAGGCGGUCGCGGCUGAGGAAGCAGGCAGAGUGUGACGAGCUCAUAGCGCGGCAGACCGCCGUGCAGAUGGAGAACAUGGGGCUAGCCGCGGUAUGUACCCCCUUUGCCUCUCUCCUCUUACCUCCUAGUCCCCUCUUCCUGCCAUGCUGUGACGAGCUCAUAGCGCGGCAGACCGCCGUGCAGAUGGAAAGCAUGGGGCUAGCCGUGGCAUCAAAGGUGCGGGAGCAGUAUGCCUCCCUGUGUGCUCAGAACGCCCAGCUCCGAACCAUGCUUCAAGAAUCGGGCAUAGACCCAUCAGCAGAAGGAGCGGCCUUCCCACCAGCAUCGUACAACCCGGUGCACAAGUAUCAGCUAACCUCCGUACCGCCCAGUACCGCUCAUGCACCACCACCACCGCACGAGCCUUCAACUGCCCCUCCCCCUGCUCAUCCUCCCCCCUCUUCAUCAGCACUUGAACCCCUACAACCCGCCUCUACUGCCCUUCUCCCUGCUCCUCCCUCUGCACCUCAUUCUGCCUCUGUUGCUGCUCCUUACCUGCCUGAGAAACCCGAGCCUGCACCCCUUCCUGCUCUGGGGCUCCUUCCUGAAGCAGCACCCGAGCCUGCGCCCGAGCCUGUACCAGAACCUGCACUGGAGCCUGUACCCGAGCCUGCGCCUGAGCUUGUGCUUCAAGUUCAGGUACCCGAGCCUGAAUUUGUAGGUCCGGUGCCAGGUUUGGCAGAGGAGCAGCAGCUGCUGUUGUCAGGGGGGGAGGAACCAGGGUUGGGAGGCGGGAUGGGGGGGGAAGGUGGAAUAGUAGUGCUGGGGGUCCAAGGGGGGAGUGAGGGGUUAGAAUCUGGUCAUGGCGAUGAGCUACAAUCAAGGGUGGAGAGAGAGCAGGGAGGGGAAGUACCUCAUACGGUGGAGGGCGCUGAGGCAGGGGCAGGCGCAGAGGCAAUGGCUGGGAUGGUGGAGGUGCAAGAAGGGGUGGCACAGGGAGGGGACGAGAUGAACGUGCAGGUGACGCAACAGGCGGAGCAGGAGGAGCAUGGAGUGGCGUUUGAUCAGGGGAAAGAGGAGGAAACUGCAGCAUGGGAGGAUCGGAAAGAGGAGGAGGUGAAGGAGCAGCAGCAGCAGCAGCAGCAGCAGCAGCAGCAGCAGCAGCAGCAGCAGCAGCAGCAGCAGCAGCAGCAGCAGCAGCAGCAGCAGCAGCAGCAGCAGCAGCAGCAGCAGCAGCAGCAGCAGCAGCAGCAGCAGCAGCAGCAGCAGCAGCAGCAGGAGCAGCGGCAGCAGCAGCAGGAACAGCCAGAAAUGGGGCAGCAGUCUGAGCAGCAUGAGCAGCAGCUAGAGCAGCAUAAGGAAGAAGAGGUGGUUGGUGCUGGAGGGGAGGGGAUAAGAGAGGUGGACGGGGGGGAGGAUGGAGCAGCAGAGGAGGGUGGGAGGCAUGAGGGUGCCCCAUUGGUGGGCGGGGAGGAGCAGCAGCAUGUGGGAGACAACAAUGAGAGCGGGCAAGGGGUGGCUGAGACAACCGAGACUGCACAGGGGCAGGAGGGUGGGGGGAUAGCGGAGGCGCAGCAAGAGAAGCCUGAAAAUGAAGCCAAGGAACCAGACGGAUUGGCAGUUGCAGAUGAGGGAGGGGCAGGGAACGAGCAUGAGCAGCACCCGAGUGAUGGGACAGAUCAUGGGGUCUCUGAGCCUUCUCAGCCAGUGGAGGAAGGGACAAGAGAGCAAGGAGAGGGUCUGAAGGCUGCAGCGGGCUAUGCUGUUGGUGCGGGAGUAGGUGCAGAGCCUCCCCUAGAAGCAGCAGCUGCAGCGGCGGCGGCAGCAGAGGGGGAGGAAACAGAGAUGGUAGAUGCUAGUGCAGCUGAAGGAUCAGCAGGUGAAAAGGAGAAGCAAAGGAGGGGUGAGACUGAUUUAGCAGGUAGAGACAGAGAAGGCUCCAAGGUUGGUGAAGAAAGCACGGAGGUUGGUGUAGGUGCAGCAGGAACGGAGGGGCAAGUGGGAAUCAAGGAUGGUUCAGUUGCAGGCACAGCUGUGAUGGCACCAACGAGUAUCGGUGAAGCCAUAGCUGGGGAUGUACCUGCUGAGGCCUGUAAAGGUGCUGAGGCUGCGCCAGUGGCUGAUGAACAUGCAACACCAGUGGAGGGUGCUGCAGGGGAGGGCGUUACUGGAGAGGUUACCACUAAGGAGGGUGUUGCUGUGGAGAGUGGUGCAGGGGAGGGUGCUGUAGAAGCAACGGAGGGGAAAGAGGUGGCAGGGCCAGAGGCCGCAGGUGGGAUACCGUCGGUGUACGCCGCCCACUUACGUCGUAAUUACCUCCCUUCCGGCCGUCGUGGUGUGCAGGAUUCCCCCAUGAAGCUGGCGAUUGUGGAGAAGGUGGUCGGCCGCACGGGGUCCCGCGGUCAAGUCACGCAAGUGCGCGUGAAGUUCAUCGAUGAGGACCGCUACAUCAUGAGGAACGUCAAGGGCCCCGUGCGCGUAGGUGUGUGA